AACAACAAAGAACAAAAGCCAACCCAUUUUCAUAUUAAAAAUGACCAAAAUCCAAGCCCUCUCUCUCCAAAAACCCUUCCAUAUUUUCCUCGUUUGAUUUCCAUUUUCGUUGUAUAUAUCUCCUCCUAUACGCACCCCAUGCCUUCUUAUUUCUUCUUAUUUCCUUAAAAAAUAGAAUUUCUUCAAUGCCGUCUCAAGAAAUUGCCGUUACCACAAUUUUUUCACAAUUUAUAAUUUUUUGCGAGAGGAGAGAGGGCGAAAAAACAAUACCACCCGGGAAACCACUUUAACCACCCAAAACCGGCAUUUCUCUCUUACAAACCCGGUUUUGCAUCGCCAAUUGCGGAUUUCUCUUUCAUGUGGUUUUCACUUUUUACCCAGGAAGGGCAAAGCGUGAGCUAGGAAGAGGCGGUGCUGUUGGUGGUGGAGGAUUGUUGGUAAACGUGAAGGGUGGAGAUGGGGGCGGAGGUGAUAAAGAGGUGGGGCACGUGGGAGGAGUUGUUGUUGGGUGGGGCUGUUAUCCGGCACGGGACCCGAGACUGGGAGGUUGUGGCCGCCGAGGUCCGUGCCCGAACCGUCUGUCCGUACACUUUCACACCGGAGGUAUGUAAAGCCAAGUAUGAAGCCUUGCAGCGGCGCUUUUCUGGGCGCAAAUCCUGGUUUGAGGAGUUACGGAAGCAACGAAUGGCAGAGUUGAGAGAAGCUUUGGAACAAUCUGAUGACUCAAUUGGGUCAUUGGAGACAAAGCUUAAAUCCCUGAAGGCUGAAAAGGGAUACAAUCAUAAUGUCGAUAUUGAUUCUAGCGAGACAAUAUCACUGGUACCAUUUCAGAAAUCUGAUGGAGUUGAAUCUACAAGUAGAGAACCUUCUAGGGAUGAGCUAUCUGUUGGUAGUUUCACUCAUGAUAUGCGGACAAAUCUGUCACAUGAAUGUCAGAUUCCAGCAGCGGUGUCACCCGAAGAGUCAGAGACUAAUCAAAGUUCUCAGUUUUUCAAGAAAGGGAAAGUUUCAAGCAUUGGAACAUUAGUAGAGAAUGUAGGUGGCAUACAGGUAGGAGGGAGUGUAAGAAAGAAAAGAGGGAGAAGGAAGAGGAAAGACUGCAGUAAGGAAGGGAGUGUUGGAGAAAAUGAACAUUUAGUAUUGGCUGAUGUUGCUUCCGUGUCCAGGUGUCAACAAGAUUCAACCGGUCAGGUUGGCCUGAAUGCAGGAUCAUCUAGUGCUCAAAAUGCCGGAUCAUCUAGCAUCAAUCAAAAACUAGAUUCGGGCAAGGAUAGUUUCCAUGAUCUUGUGGGGCUCUUUAAUUCCAUUGCAGAAAGUGAAGGUGCUUCCACCUUUCAUCAUAGGCUUGAUGGGCAGAAGAGAGGAAGAUACAAGAAAAUGAUUCGACGUCACAUGGAUCUGGACACCAUAAAAUCAAGAAUUGUCAGUCGGUUAAUCUUGUCUCGCAAGGAACUCUUCAGAGAUCUGCUGCUUAUAACCAACAAUGCCUUGGUCUUUUACUCCAAGAACACGCGAGGUUACAAAUCUGCGUCGCUCCUCAGAGAACUUGUAAGCAAAACUAUGCGACAGCAACUUGGGAACUACUGCUGCAAGACUGCUGCUAUUGUCCCACUCUCAUUUGGACCUUCCAUGCUUAAUCCUCCGGUGAAACCCCGAAGUUCUCGCCCCGCUAAGAGCAUGACGAUGCCACGGAAGUUGUCCAAUGCCAACAAUGUAGUUGCUAAAGCUUCAAAUGCUGGUAAGAGACUGACUUUAGCUAACUCCCUCCCAUCGGAGCACACAGUGACAAAAAAGAAAGUACACGGCCGGCCAAGAAAAGCUGGACGUAAAAGUGCUAGCCAACAACCGCCUGAUAGUCAAAACCCAACAACAAAGAGGAGAAAGAAAACUGAUACUAUCGUUGGUAAGUUGUAAUGUUGUAUAUUCUCAUUCUCGUUUUCCAUUGUAAAUCUCAACCUCAGUCUCAGGUCAGACGUUUAUAAGAUGUGAAAGAUAAGUUGUCAAGUGUUUAGUGGAGUUUAUAGCCGACACUUGUUUAUAAGCUGUGAGAAAUAAUCUAUUUAAAUUUAGUUUACACCCUUAUUUUUUA